GCUCUCUGUCAUCAUCACACAUGGACGGGCUGCGCGUUUUUCUGGUCGUUCUCUUUGGAGCUGUUUCUUUCAGUCAGGAUCAGAUUCCCAAACCAGUGUCGGAGGUGACAGUCAGACCAGGAGGAAACAUCACUCUGUACUGUGACUGCAAAAUAUCUACUGGAGUAUACAUAGUGUGGUACAGGAACUGUUCUCAUGAGAACCAGCCCACUCUUGUUCUUAAAACAAUGGGUUAUUCGGUUCCUUUUGAAUUUUUGAAGAACCAUUCUUCUGAAUCCUAUGACCUGCUGAUCAGGAACAUCACUGAUUCUGAUGAGGGGCUCUACUACUGUGGAACUCAACAGACCAAGGUGGAGGAUAAAGAAUUAAUCACUUCCAAAUACAUUUACAACUAUGGCAAUGUAGCAACAAGGAUCAUAUGUGACAACACCAGUGAACCUCAACAUCAUAAGACUCAUCAGGACUGUAAUUUGUGUUGGGUGCUGCUAUUCACUCUGUGUCCGGCCUUUGCUGUUCUCUCCUCUCUCCUGUCUUCGCUUGUGGUUCAUCAACUCUUUCAGAAAAAAGCUAGAGAAUCUCAGGUUGAUCAGAUAAGACCUGACACUAGAGGCCAAACACGACUGAAUCAGGAUGAAGAUAUGUGUUACGCUGCGCUGGAAAUCCGUCAGGCCUCACAGAGACCAAAGACGAAGAAAAUGCAGAGUUCGGACUUCAGCACCUAUUCUGCGAUCAAUACUUCUAGGGUGUAGAGGACCUAAAAAUGGGUUGUUUCUUGUAGCCAUGGUUGGAUUUCUGGAUCAGUUUUGGAGGCGACAGUCAAACCCGGAGACAACGUCACUCUUUGUUCUCAUGAGAACCAGCCUUCUCUUCUUUCAUUUGGUCAGAAACCAGUCCUCUGACUCCUACGACCUGCUGAUCACGAACAUCACUGAUUCUGAUGAGAGUCUCUACUACUGUGGAAAUGAUAGGUGAUGAUGAAGUCCACUCUACAGCAACGUGACUAAAACAUGUAUUGAUGUGUAUGUGUGUAUUUUUUUGUGGUUACGACACACAAAUGUUUGGCAGUAAAUUAGAGUAGUGUAACACUGUGAUCUUGAUAAUUCUUCUAAACAACAAAUGGACUGGAAAUCCAUCAGGAAUCACAGAGACCAAAGAAGAAGAAAACCCUGGAUUCAGAUUUCAGCACCUAUUCUGCCAUAAAUCCUUUAGCAUGUAUUGAGCCUAACAAUUAAACAAGAAAUUGUGUAAUGAAUUUAUUAGUGAUGUAUUUUACUGAUAUUAACAUUUUACCUGUAAACUUUUUUCAGAAAUAAUCUCUGUGUAAAUAGAUAGUUGUUACACAAUUGGGAACUAUUUCAUUAUUGUUACAUUAUAUUGGUUAAUCAACUUGUGCACACAGAGGUUAUACAUCAGGUUUACUAGUUAAGGUAACCUCUGCUCCCACUGUUUCAGAUUAUUUUCUAACCCCACUGUUGGUAGCAUGAGCCACAGUGUGUAUGAAUUCAUUAAUGGAAAAAUAUUUACAGUGACUGAAUUCCUUCCUUCAUCUUUUUUUCUUCACAGAAUAGAUGCAGCUUGUGUGUUUUAUUUUCCUCCACCACCAAAAUAACAAUUAAAAAAAUUAUCAGAUACAUGUUAACGUCUAUAAAACCUGUUUGAUGUUGUUGAUUACAAUUUAACUUCAGGUUCAGAUUUUUGAUUUGAAAUCGAUCUGUAACAUUUCAUAAUGAUAGUGAUGUUUGAUGGUGAUGAUUUCUAUGACAAGACACGAAAGCUGUUUAUAAGCCAUUUCCUGUUUUUCUUAGUUAGCCACCAGUCUGUGUAUCAUUCACCAGUAGUCUGAUACAAUUACAAGUAAGACCAGCUAACAGCAAACCCAGUGAGAAACUGCCCCUCAUAUGGUUGCACUUUGUGUGUGAUUUGUUUGCGGACAGUAUGAGUUCAUAUAUUCAAGAUAUUCUGUUUGUCUGGAUCCUUAUAUCUAAAUAAACAUCUUGUGGCUGG